CUUUCCAAGCCAGUUUAUUACCUGAGUAUAACAAAGCUACGGACCCAUGCCAAGGAGAAGUGCUUCAUCAAUGACCAUGAAGGGUUUACCACCAUGGUGAAUUUCUAUCAUGACCUGGGGAUAAUUAUCAAGCACCGUAGCACAGUCAUCUUGAGUACCCAGUGGCUGAUAGACUUGUUCGGGCAGCUGAUCACUAUUCCAGAUUUUGAGAAAAUUGUAAGAUAUCCAUUAUAAACUUGAAUUUAAACUAUGGCAAUGGUUGCAGAAGUAUUUCCGGUCGUCGCUUCCCUCCACUUUUUAGGUGGAGAGAAGCGUCGACCCGAAAUACGGCCACAUUCGCUGGCUAUAUCUAUUGGUAACCCGUGCUGAGAUCAUGGGUUCAACAAAAUCCCAUCCAUGAUGAGGACGUUCGUGUGAUCAGAUGAUCAGAAUAAUCUACCUUUAAAGGUGUGCAAUGGAAGUAAGUAGAAGCAAUUGUGAAAUCAAUGUCAACAUAAUAGGCACCCGUCAUCGUCAAAAUUCCGCUAUGAGUAAUUAAAGAUUGUUUCACCAAAAGCUUCCCCUCUUAGACGUCUUUAUACCGCAUCACUUGGUGUCCACUAAGAAUAAGAGCUGCUUAUAACCAAUUUACCUGCAAUUAUCCUCAAAUGUAGUCCUAAAAUAAUCUCUCAAAACAAAACAGAGUGGAAAGUAAUUGAUACGUCUGCUGAAACUAGCAACUCUGUGUCGACCAAUCAGAACGCACUGCCAGGUUCUGGAAGUGAAAUUUGGACUGUAAGAAUUUUCCGGUGAGUAAACCAGAUGGAGGAUGCUGGCAUUAACGUGGCGAUUUAACGAGCAUUUUAAAGAUAUCAAAUUUGAGGUCUGCUUAGUUUUUACUUUAAAUGUUAAAUAGCUUAUUUCUUUUAGUAAACUUACUAAAAAUUUAACACUUUAGUAGUGUAAAAUGAUCCUACAAGAAAGCUGUCUUGAAACUUUUUGUGAUCUUGUUAUUGUCUCUUAGGUCCCUAAGUUUGCAAAGCACUGGAAGAAAGUCGAAGAAAGCGGUGUUCUCAGCAUGGAAUUGCUUGAUCAUGUCUUUUCCAAAUUUCUUCUGAAGGGUGUUGCCAGGAAAGACAUUCUUGAUUUGAUGGUACAAUUUGGAUUGAUUGCAAAAUUUUCAUCUUCAAAGACAGGUGAAAAGUAUUUUGUUCCAUCUCAACUCAAAGCGUCACCUGAUUCCCUUUGUUCUAUGGCGUCCUCAAGGCUGGACCCUUGCCCCCUGUUUGUUUACUUUGUCAGCGGUUCUGUCCCCCAUGGUCUGUUCACACGGCUUGUUUCUCGAUCUGUCCGUUGGUGUUCUGAAACUGGUCCAUCUCAGCCCCCUACCCUGUACCAAAAUGGAGCGUGGUUUGUUAUUGGGAAGCAAACUUUUCAUGAUUUUGUUCUUAUUUGUAUGAAGCAGUUUAUUAAGUUUUUUAUCAAGCAAAGAAACCAACCUCACCAGAUCUCAGUAGAUGACACAAGUGAGGUGGCGGUGCAGGUUCGUAAGUUUGUGGAGGCAACUUUGCAAGUUUUGUCACGUGAUCUCUAUAAAGGUGGAUUGCAGUAUCAAAUUCGGGUCGCCUGUCCGUAUUGUCAGCGGGAAAAGUGUUCAAGCCAUAAUCAGAUUGCAUGUUCUCAUGAAGAUUGUCUUCACCUCCUUGAGUUAAGACAAGGCGAUCCUCUGAUUUGCAAGAAGAAACCUGCAGAGGAGGUGCUCACGGUUACGGGACAAGAGCAGUGGUUCUCACAAAUAGAAAGUAAGGUAGGUAGUAGUGAAAUGCUAUCUCUAGCAGUGCUGUUAACAUAUUACAUAUCAAUCGAAUACACAUACUACUUAAAAUUGUGUCUACAUAAAGAGUAGCUACAGUGACUGUAGCCAUAUAUUUAAACUAAAGAGGCUUCAAUAAAGUCCUGGGAUGUGCUUUGUUAUAAGGUUAUAGUAUGAGGUUUAACGUAUGCCUUUAUUUAUCCUACCACGAGCUCCACUGGAGUGUAAGAGAAGGCUUUGUUGCUAUCAACUUAGCGAACAUUGGUACUUAAAAUCAAGUAAGUUGAUAAGGUCAAUUGGCUACCAUGUAUUAAUAAUUGUUUUUGGCCUGUAGGCAAAGCAGUUGGUAUAUAACUUUUUCUCAAGGUCUUUGUAAAUGUGCUGUUUUGCUUUGCGGUUGAGCAAUAAGUUUGUAGCAUCUACCGUUUCGAUAAAAUGUUUUGCAAACUUUCAUUCAAAAAGGUAGAACCCCCCAGAUAUAAAAUUUUUAUUUUAAAGUAUCCAAUUUUGGUUGCUAUGCAGGAAGCGUGUACUCCAUCAUCAUCAACUGAUGCCGAUCAAGCUGGUCCAGAGUGUCUGGUACUGAAAGUUACCCUUCUCGCGAAUGAGUGGGGGUCGUCCAAGGGUGGCUUGUCAACAAUAAACAGAACUCUUGCCAUACAUUUGGCAAAAGACGCAAACGUAGAAGUGACCAUUCUUGUACCUGAA